AUGACGAGUGAAAAUAUCUGGUCAAGAUUAAUUACUACUCGACAACUUUCAUCAAAUUAUUAUAUAAUAUCAACAUGUAUUACUGAUAUAUUAUAUCGUUAUUCACAAAAUUCAUCAAUAUUUGAUAAUCUUUCGCAAGCAUUAUUUUCUUCAUCAGUUGAUCAAAUAAAACUUUUAAAUGAUUAUUCAAAUAUUUUACAAAAUAUAUUAAAACAGAAUUCUUUACAUACGAAUAUAAUACAAAAUAUUCGUCGUCUUUUUCGUUCUGAUUUAUGUCUCAAAGAAUUAUUUUCAACUAUUGUUGAUGAAUAUUGCCAAUGUCAUGAAUGUGAUUGUACAAUAUUGAAUAGGUAUUAA